GAGAGAACCCCCGCCUCUCCACCCUCGCCGCCUCGGGCCGUGGCUUCACGGAACACCCGCCCUCCUCCGCACUGAAAUAAUUAAAGAAAAAGAGGAGAAGAAGAAAAACCCAUCGAGGAAGAAGAACCUUGACGCCGGAGCUGUGUGAUCUUUGCGGGAGCGGACACCAUUUUGUGGCUAGCGGCCGCCUGACUUGCUGCAUGCGGAGGAGAGGUGGGCAGCCAAAAGGGGAACCUGUUGGGCGUCGCGAUCGGGAAGUCGCCCAGCUGCGGCACUUCUUCGCCCUGGAAUUGGGGGUUGCAGCAGCGUCCCUGGGAAUCGGAUCGUGCGCGGCAGCGGCAGCCUUGGGGAGAGGAGGAGGGAAUUCGGAGGUUGUGCAGCAGCAGCAGCAACCGCAGCGUCGGCAGCAGCAGCAGCAGGCGGCGAAGGGGAAUUGGACCUUGCGCAUUCCCAUUCCUGGGUGGAGGCGAAGGAGAUUUGCACCUUUGCGUCAACGGCACGAAGAGAAAGGCAUUUGGACCUUUGCAACAGCAGCGUCCCUGGCAGGAGGAGGAGGAGGUGAAAGCUUGCUUGCAUAUAUAUAGAUUACAUAUAUAUACACACACACGUACAUAUUUCCCCCCCUUGCAGGGCAGGAGCAUGUUGGUCUCGAUGCAGCUCCCCUUCCCUCCUGUCCACUGAUCCCAGGCUUGGUGGGGCGAUGAUGGAUACUUGCCUGCUUGUUCUCACUUCCCACAAAAGUAAGCCCGCUGUCAAUGGAGGAGGACAUUGAUACCCGCAAGAUAAACAACAGUUUCCUGCGCGAUCACAGCUAUGCAACAGAAGCUGACAUUAUCUCUACAGUAGAAUUCAACCACACAGGAGAAUUACUAGCGACAGGGGACAAGGGGGGUCGCGUUGUAAUAUUUCAGCGUGAGCAGGAGAGCAAAAAUCAGCCCCAUCGCAGGGGAGAAUAUAAUGUUUACAGCACAUUCCAGAGCCAUGAACCUGAGUUCGAUUACCUGAAGAGCUUAGAGAUAGAGGAGAAGAUCAAUAAAAUACGAUGGCUCCCGCAGCAAAAUGCAGCCUACUUCCUUCUCUCCACCAAUGAUAAAACUGUGAAGCUAUGGAAAGUGAGUGAACGCGACAAAAGACCAGAGGGCUACAAUCUCAAAGAUGAAGAUGGACGGCUCCGAGACCCCUCCACAAUUACCACACUACGGGUACCCGUGCUAAGGCCCAUGGAUUUAAUGGUGGAGGCAACUCCCAGGAGAGUAUUCGCAAAUGCACACACAUAUCACAUCAACUCCAUAUCUGUGAACAGUGACUAUGAAACUUACAUGUCAGCGGAUGACUUGAGGAUAAACUUAUGGAACUUUGAAAUAACCAAUCAAAGUUUUAAUAUUGUAGAUAUAAAACCAGCAAACAUGGAGGAGCUGACAGAAGUGAUUACGGCUGCAGAGUUCCAUCCGCACCACUGCAACACCUUUGUCUACAGCAGCAGCAAGGGGACAAUAAGACUGUGCGACAUGCGAGCGUCCGCCCUGUGUGACAGGCACUCCAAAUUUUUUGAAGAGCCUGAAGACCCAAGUAACAGGUCGUUUUUUUCUGAGAUCAUCUCUUCAAUUUCUGAUGUUAAGUUCAGUCACAGCGGGAGGUAUAUCAUGACCAGGGACUAUCUCACUGUCAAGGUGUGGGACCUCAACAUGGAGAACAGACCUAUUGAAACAUACCAGGUUCAUGAUUACCUCCGCAGCAAGCUGUGCUCCCUCUACGAGAACGAUUGCAUUUUUGAUAAAUUUGAAUGUGUGUGGAAUGGGUCUGACAGUGUCAUCAUGACCGGCUCCUACAACAAUUUCUUCAGAAUGUUUGAUCGCAACACCAAGCGUGAUGUGACCCUGGAGGCCUCACGGGAAAACAGCAAACCCCGUGCCAUCCUCAAACCCCGCAAAGUUUGUGUGGGGGGCAAACGGAGAAAAGAUGAAAUUAGUGUGGACAGUCUGGACUUUAGCAAGAAGAUCCUGCAUACAGCUUGGCAUCCUUCAGAAAAUAUCAUAGCAGUGGCAGCAACAAAUAACCUGUAUAUAUUUCAGGACAAGGUUAACUAGGAAGGGGCGGGGGAGAUGUUCCUUAGGAAUCUUACGUACUGGAUACUAACUAGCAAACACAAGUUUUAAAAUGUUUCUUCCAUUUAAUUUUUUUCCCUUCUCCUCCGUAUUUGUUUUGUCAUUCCUCUGCAGACAUUAGUCAUGUAGAGGCAAGCACUCAGAUUCCAGUGUCUAUUGCUUUCCCCAAAACCUUAAGAAAUUGGGUUGGCAAAGCCCAUUAGGAACAUUUGACUUCCAAGUAUUGAGACCUACAAAGUGACACCAUUAAUUUCAACAGCAAGCUUGAAUUAUUUGCGCUUUAUUUUCCCCCCAGUACUCAGUAGUAGCUUUUAGUUUCUUUAAAAAUAUUGUUCUAGACAUCUGCCAACUUAUACAGAAGUUAAGACUAUAGUAAUAUUUACAAAAAAAAAAAAUGCAAGCAAGGCCAUAAAAUACGAGGAUGUAUUACUGUACCUAAAGAUUAAGUUAUCCAAUUUCAGUUUUGGAGAUCUUUGGGUUUUACAGCCAUACCCAAACAGGAAUUCAGUUUCCUUUGCUGGUUCAUUCCCCCCCCCCAAUUGUCCUUUCCCCUUUUUAAAAAUGGCAUUUACCUUUUAUCAACUCAGGGCCUUUCCAGAUUAUCAUUUAUUGUGCAUAUUUGUCACACAAUAAAUGUUUUGCUGUAACACUGUU